AUGGGCGCCUGCGCUCCUGCGUCGGCCAGAGUACGAGAUGGCGCCGUCAUCUCUUCUAAGAGGAAUCAAACUCGGAUGGCGGAGUUGCUGGCAAUUCCCGCCGAGACCUUCUACGCCGCCGCCCAAGAGACGCCGCCCAGUGACCUGCUGCAGACGUGCGGCAGGACACGCGACUUAGAGUUUCUGCGCGCCGCUGGCCUCUUGCCCAUCGCUAGCAUCCAGGAGGGCAAGAUAGACGCCAUGCAAAAAUGCAUCGGCUACUACUUCGCCAUGGUAGCCAUUCAAAACGGCCAUGACGAGCAGUCUUGGCCCCGGGACCUUACUCGUGUCGAGCUGGAAGAGAGACGACUAUAUUGGCCCAUAUACACGCGACGAUGGCUUUGCUCCGCAUGA